UAUAUAUAUAUAUAGGACCUUAAAUUGUUUCGUGUACGUAGGUUAUGUCUAUGAUCACUAUAUAAACACAGCGCAUGAUCGAAAGCUAGCUAUACUUCUUGUCUUUCUUCUUCCAUGGAUUUAUUUCUGCUGAUCUGCCUCCUUGUCUUUCUCCUCGCUGCUGCCGGGCAUGAGGCAACUGCUGCACGGCCUGAUGUUCCUUGGUCGCAAAACUACGCUAUCUUAUACGGACAAGAUCAUACCCAGUCUCUUAACCAAGGGAAAGAGAUUCAGCUUUCCAUUGACCAAGUUUCAGGUUCUGGUUUUAGGUCUUUAAAGACUUAUGGUUCUGGAUUUUUUAGCAUGAGGAUAAUGCUCCCACCUGGGGAUUCCACAUCAAUCGUCACAACCUUCUACCUAAGAUCAUAUACAGAUAACCAUGACGAGAUUGAUUUUGAAUUUUUGGGAAAUUCAACACCGCCGUAUUUGCUGCACACAAAUAUAUUCACAAACGGCCAAGGUAGUCGGGAGCAAAGAAUCAAUCUUUGGUUUGAUCCGACUAAAGACUUUCAUGAUUACCAUGUUCUUUGGAAUCAACGUCAAGUUGUGUGGAUGGUGGAUGGUAUUCCGAUACGAGUGUUUGAGAAUAAGGAAAAUAUUGGAGUGAAAUUCCCGGUGCAAGCAAUGCAAAUAGAGGCAACCAUGUGGACAGCAGCAUGGGCAUCUCCUGAUGGAAAGCCACCGAAUUGGGGUCAGGGGCCAUUCCGAGCCUACUAUCAGGGGUUCAACAUUGAUGGCUGCGUUGCCCAGAACAACACCAUUGCUACUGAUCCUUGCUUUGGUUCCAAUUCUUGGUGGAAUAGGAAGAAUUACUGGAAAUUAAAUCCAAUGCAGUUAAAAGCAUAUUUGGGUGUGAGGAAGAAGUACUUGGUUUAUGACUAUUGUAUUCAUAGGCCUGGCUCUAAACCCCCAGAAUGCAACAGACAUUAAUUAGUUUAGUUUGUG